UGGCAACCCAGAGCAAAUUAGCUGAGCUAGACAACGGCUGUUUAGCAGCUAGCUACCUCUCCAUAUUCGUUUGCACAGUCAACAAAACAGUCGUGUUACAUUUACAGUGUUCUUCAGGAUUAUGUCGGCAAGUGACAACGACUCUGACGAGUUGACCAGAACAGGUUCCCUAGUUCAUCACAGAAAAAAACACAGCAUGGAGUCAUCCAGAUCUCCCAGAAGCUCCAAACACCACCAUUCACGGUCAAGGUCACGCUCCAGGGACAGAAAACGUGACAGAAAAUACAGACGGAGUCGCAGCAGGAGCAAAGAGGCACGAAAGAGAGACUCUCAGAAGCCAUCCAAAUCACACAGAAAAACAGAUGAGCAGCAAGAACCAGAAAGACUUUCAGUAGAGAAUGGAGAGGAGCGAUCCAGACGCAAAGACAGGAGGCCAUCCAAGGGCCGGAGUCUGUCCAGGUCACACUCGCGAGAGAGGCGGCAUCAUAGCAGAAGUAGGGACAAGCGGCGAUCACGGUCACGCAGCAGGGACAGGAAGAAGAAGGCUAGGUCUCGUUCAGGUUCAAGGGCCAAACACCGUCAUCAUAGCAGAAGUCGCAGUAAGAGCAGGGAGCGAAAGAAAAGGAGUGAGAAAGUACGCAGAAAGAGUCGAAGCAGGUCUGUUAAUCCACCUGCCUUCCGGGGCCGAAACACAGCAAUGGAUGCACAAGAGGCCCUGGCCAGAAGGCUGGAGAGAGCUAAGAAACUACAGGAGCAGAAGGAGAAGGAAAUGUUUGAGAAACAGCAGCAGCAACAGCAAGAGAUAGCUGCAGUGGCUGCCCCUAUUGCAGCUGCUGCGGCUGCUGCUGCAGCGGCUGCCUCAAAUCCUGGCCUCAAUGUGGCAGCCCUCCUGGCCUCUGGAACACAGGUUACUCCUCAGAUUGCUAUGGCGGCACAGAUGGCAGCCCUUCAAGCAAAAACACUGGCAGAGACUGGUAUUGCUGUGCCCAGCUACUAUAACCCAUCGUCUGUAAAUCCCAUGAAGUUUGCAGAGCAGGAGAAAAAGAGGAAAAUGCUAUGGCAGGGAAAGAAGGAUGGGGACAAGUCCCAGACAGCUGAGUUGUGGGAGAAGCUUAACUUUGGAAACAAGGACCAAAAUGUUAAAUUUCGCAAACUAAUGGGCAUUAAAGGAGAUGAUGAUGCAGAAGCUUCCAAACCAAUUAACGAUGAAGGCAUGAAGACUCUUCAAAAGCAGGAGGAGAUGUUCAGGAACCUUGAUGUUCAGUAUGAGAUGGCUCGGUCUCAGACACACACUCAGAGGGGAAUGGGUCUCGGCUUCUCCUCCUCAUUCUCACGUGGAAUGGAUUCUAUCUAGUGCCAAACAUUGGCCAUCUUUGCCACUCAUCUAAUCAUAAAGGACCACAAAUUCAUCGCCAGCCCUCAAGCUUGCAUGGAUGUUGCUCUGAAUCUGUAAUUUAUUUAUAGACAAACAUCUCACAUAUUGGGAAAUUACAGUGUAAAUAGUCAGAUGCUGAGUUUGUCUCAGUGUUUAAUAAUCUGUACAUCUUUGCAAAAGGAUGCAUCAGUUUGACUGGUUGAUGCUGGUUAAAACGAGAUAUUUGUUUGAAUAAUGUGGUAGCUUUUUCUUUUUUUUAAGUCAAAUAUAUAUUGAUAUGUGAUUGAACAUACUGUAAACUGAAUAUAAUGUGGUUCGAGUGAACACUGUUUACAUCCAUGUAUGAAGGGCAUCUGAAGUCAGUGUAGCAUUAUGAGAAUCCCUCAGUUUUAUUUCUCCUGAUUUGGAAAAACAAAACAGUGGGUUGUAAUACAUACUGCCUUCAGGCUUGAAAAGGAUAAAGAUGUGCUUGAGAGGAGUAAUCACAUAUUUCAAAUGUUCUUGAAAUAAAUAAGUUUUGUGUUGAAUAAGGUUUUUCAUACAUCACCUUAAUUUUUAUUUUGUGUGUAAUAAAGUUUUUGGGUCAAAUGGAGUUAGUUGGGUUGCUCGAGCUGGGUGUUAAGGAUAAAAUUAACAUAUUAAAAUAAUAUUUUUCUGAUAUCAAUUUGUAUUGCAAUAUAACAAAUGCAAAAUUAUACAAUAGAAAAAAUGAGGCAAAGACAGACACCCCUACCUAUAUCAGUGGAGCUGAUUUGGAGCAGGUAAACAGUUUUAGGUUAGUGGGAAUCAGCAUCAGAGAGGGCCCGUCAUGGGCAUCACACAUCUCCAGCCUAGUUAAGAAAACUCAGAAACAACUGCAUUUCCGAAGAAAACUUGCAAGGCAAAAUUCCUGAAUGCGACAACUGCAACAGAAAGCAUCCUGAUGGGAAACAUAACAAAUUGGCAUGGGAUGUGCACAGCUCAUGACAGGAGGGCUUGGCAGCAGGUGAUUAAAAACUGUUCAGAACAUCAUUGGAACCCAUUUACCCAGCAUCAGUGAUAUUGGUGAGGUGCCUGCUCAAAGCCCAAAGGAUACUAAAGUAUACCUACCCCAGGCACAGCCUUUUGAAGCAAUAGAGAAGUAUCUGCUGCCACAUAAUGGACUACAGGUUAGCUUCUUUCCUUAGGCUGUGAGACCCCUCAGAUCAUCCUCUGCACUCCACCAUAAAAAAGUUACAUUUUUAUGAGUAUUCAUACAUUUAUAGAAUAUUUGUUUUGUGCAUAUAAUAAUGGAACUACAGCUAGUAUUUCAUUAUGCCAGCCUGUGUUGUAAAAUGAUCAAUAAAUGAACCCUGUACCUU